GUGGAACGGAGGUCGAACCGGUGAUUCUUCUGUGGGUUUCCAUUGCGGCGGCAGUUUCCUGAACAGUGUCAUGCCCGUACCCGUGCCCCUGCUGAUAACCAUAAUUUCACAACUGCUACGCAUGGCGUAGAUCUAGUGGGGAAUGGAAAUUGAAUUCAUGAAUGAAUCACUCCGGCAGAACCAUCUUGUGCGUCGCUUGUCCAGCUAUUGACCGCGCGACGUCACAGGCGAGACGGCUGCCGCAGAGUAGACAGGAAACAGACCGGCACUUGUGGGCUCGAGUAGAUACAGAUACGUCAUGGGGGGACAUGGGCAAUGGGUAAGGUCAGUAUCACUUGCGCAAUUGAGCAAGAAGAGCCCACGGCUAUUUAUACCCAACAAGACCUACAUGAAACGGCCAGACCUACAAAUGACCUUGGCUCCCAAUCGCAUUCCCAAAUUAUAAAUUCGGCAUUUCUCACGAAAGCAAGGCGCAUUAUCACGCCGAUUGUAAAUGAUACAAAGUGCGAGUAGUAUAUAUCCGACUCUCCGUAGAGCUUGUCCGGCGCGGCGGCACAGAUACGGACACGGGACGAUAACACGCAGCUGUUGCGUGCAGCGCACCACCCACACAGAAAUACCUACACAGACGCUCAACCACGACUACAAAGGAGACAUCGAAAAGCUCCCGCGGGUCCCAUAGUUACGGAGUGAGACGACGCCAGCGACGAUGCUAUCUCCAUCAGCUGACGGCGACGCGUUCUCCGCCAGCACGUGAACACUAUCAAUGGACUGGCGGGUAUACGUAGGACGUACAUACACACAUAUUUGGACGACUCAGUCGACUCAGUACAUCCAUGUCGCUGUUCAAUGUCUGCAGCUGGUGGUCUGCCCAGUGCGCCGAUCCCGGAGAGCAAUACGAUGUGGCCAGCCUACUGUGCGCCCGCUUUGGCCUGGAGGAACAGGAGAAGGACUACAUCAUAGUGGGCUCCCAGACGGGGCAGCUGAGCAUCUACUACCCGCACAGGCGGGGCUACGAUGCCACCGAUCUCCUGCUGGAGACUCUGAUGCCGGCCCCAAUUCUCGGCUUGUAUGCCGGAAAGUUUAGCGGGAACGUUCGCAACGAGAACACCAACCAGCUGGGCGUGCUCCUGCCCAACGCCAUCGCCAUCUACAACGUCCAAGCCAUCAGCGGACUGGCGGAACACGGAGCCCAGGUGCGCCUGCAGCUGCAUGCGGAGCACAAAUUCCAACGGGUGGCCUUCGGCCUGUGCCAGGGCCACUUCGGGCAGGUGAAGGGCCGCGAGUUCUUCUGUGUGGUACAUCUGGACGGGACCUUGACUUUCUACGAGCAGGACGGCAUCUCCUACGAGUGUCGUUUCCCCGGAUACCGGGCACUGCCGGCUCCGGUGUCCUACUGCGAGCGCACCGACAGCUUCUUCCGAUUCAGUGCCACUUGGCACCUGCAGUGCUAUAGCUACCAGGACCUGUCCCACUCGCUGAUGACCAAGAGCAGCUACCAGCCCACCUGGACGCAGGGUGUGGGCGAGGGCAUUGUCGACAUGCGGGUGGUCCAAGUAAAGGAGAACUGCUCCUACAUCAUGAUCCUGGGCGAGCGGAACUUCAUCUCCCUGGAUGACAAUGGGAAGUUCAUCUUUAUUCUGAAGUUGGACUACGCCCCCAAGUGUUUCCACAGCUUCGUAGUGGGCUAUUAUUGGGAGCCCGGCGCACGCCUGAUCACAGCCAUCAUUUCGGACUCUUCGAAGCUGCAUGUCUACGAAGAGGCCAACAUCAUUUGGGCGGCACAGUGGCCAAACCAGUCGAACGCUCCGGUGGCCAUACAGCGCUCCAAUAUGCAGGGCCUGGCCGGGGGCAUAGUGACGCUCGGGGCCAGGGGCCAGCUCGAAGUGGGAUAUCUGGGCGCCGAUCCCUUCACGUUUCAGGUGCAGCCGCUGAACAUCGAGGCGCUGAGCUUCGCCCAGGCGCAUAAGGAGCUGCAACAGCUGGAGGACGAGAUCAAGGAGGCAGUGGAUGUACGCGACAUGGACGCUCUCAAUCAGCAGGCAGCGGAUCAGGUGCGUCUCAGCUUUAGCAUCCAGACGGAUGUCUCUGAGGAUCUGGACACCCUUUUGCUGGACGUGCCUGCCGACGUGGCCGUCAAGGAGAUGCCCUCGGCCAAGGGCUUGCUGCGCUUCAAAAUCAAAGCGGACCUGGCGGAGUUGCAACUGGUGUUCCAGACGCCCAACGGCGUUCGCUGCAGCCAGGACACCAUGAGCUUUGUGGACGUGGUCGCGGGCACCAGCCAGGAGCUGAAGCUGGACUUUUAUAUUGCCGAACUGCUACACAUCCACAGCACCAAAGUGGAGGUGGUGGCCUCCUUUGUGAGUCCUCGGGGCAUUCCGCGGGUCAUACAGCAGAACGCCCACCUGCCGCUGGGCAUGUUCUAUCGCGUGUGUCAGCCCCAGAAGGCGGCGGGUAUCAAGCUGACGUACAGUAUCACCAGCAGACACGUCGCUCCGAAACUGGGAACUUUCUUUGGAGAGUUCCUCGAGGGACAGGCCGAUGCCCACGCCCUCGGCCUCCAGCUGCUGUGCCCCGGCCUGGAUAAGCAGUCCGAGGUCAUCACUGUGGUAGCGGCCAAGAGCUCCAACCGCAUCCGCAUCCAGUCCGACUACGUGGAGACUUUUGCAAUGAUCCUGGAGCGCCUUGUGCAGACGACGCUGCAGCUGGACAGCUCCGCUGGCCUCCUUAAGAUGGACAAGAAGAAACUCAAGCGCGGGGUGCUCAAUCGGUGCGUGGAGCGGCUCAUGGCCGCCCCCUUCCUGCCUGCCCAGCCCAUCCUCCAUCGCGUCGACGUGCACCACGAGACCCAGCAGAACAUUCGAAAGCAGACGGAGAAAAUGGAGGACCUCUGGCAGCAGUUCAAGACCCUCCAGCGACAGUUGCAGGAGCAGCAGGAGCAGGAGCCCAAGGAGGCCCUCACCAUGCAAAUCGAGACGAACUACGACCAGCUGAUACUCGAGGGCGACAAGCUCGUAGAUAUACGGCGGGACGAGCGCAGGCAACGCUGUGACCUAAACUGCGCCGUGGCUUUGGCCAAAUGGAUUAUUCAAGCCCUGAACCUGGAGGAGCGCGUAGUCAACGUUGUCGGCUCUGUUCUAAGUGUUCCCGUCGAGGACUGGACCGAACUGAGUUGGGAAGAAUCGAUGGCGCCCGGCAUAGACAUGCUGCAUCACUUUGGGCCACUGACCCGCUCCAAAUCGACUUCGACCCAUGGACUGCUGGAUGCCACCGACACCAACAAGGACAGCUUCGACUAUGGUCGCUUCAGGCGGCACUUUGCCACGCUCUUCGAUCGAAUUGUGCGUCUGGCGGCUUCUCCGCAGCCGGCAGCCGGUAGCGGCGUCGACUCGUCCGGCGCAGAGCAGCCGGUGGAGGUGGAGGAGGAGCAGCAGCCGGCCAAGCAAGCGGAUGAGAUUGGCAGAAUGCAGCGCAUGCUGGGGGACCAGUGCCUGCCGCAGGCACCGCACAAGCGCAAGUCCCACAUGACCAGCUCCUUGGAAGCCGUCGAAGACGAUGAGGAGUACGACGAGGAGGAUCUGCGAGAGGACGUGGGAUACCGCAAGGAGUAUGGCACUGGAACUGGGACUGGGACUAGCACUGGGACCCAGAAGACCUCUAGCCAGCCACGCUCCGAGUGGGUCAACGAAGACUUUGAGCUCCCUACCACCGAGGAGCUGUUCAGCGACCUAGGCAUCUGGUGGUAGUAGGGCCUCCCAUUGCCAUUCCCAUUCCUAAUCUCAUACCAAGUGUCCAAUAAACGCUAGAGCUGUCCCAA